AAAUAUUUACCUUUUCGCUGUCUGGAAGAUUAGGCCGAGGCAUCCGCCUCCAAACCGUUUCAGUUCAGUAUUGUUUUGCCCACCUAAGAUCAUGCCGCAGAAGAUCGUUAUAGUGACGGGAUUCGGGCCGUUUGUGGGUCACGAGGAGCGUAACGCUAGCUGGGAAGCGGUCAACCUUUUGCCCGAUGUGUUCCCGUUUCGGAAAGAUACGUACGAGCUGCGCAAGUAUAAGGUGCCGGUGACGUACGCGGAAGUGGAUCGUAUCGUCCCACACAUCUGGAACCAACAACCGGACCUGGUAGUGCACGUAGGUGUGCAUGGCCAAAUCCAUACUAUUAAUCUGGAACAUUGCUCAUACACAUCCGGAUACUGCAAACCAGAUUUCGCCAAACGCUGUUUGCCGUGCGAUAAGAUAACGCUCAGCGGAAAGCAUGCGGCCGAACCGGAAUGUACGAUGCUGAAAACGAACCUGGACAUUGAGCGAAUCGCUAAAGAGCUAAAUCUGGAAACGAAUGUGCAAUGUUGCUGCUCAACAGAAGUCGGAAACUACCUGUGCGGGUACAUAUAUCUCAAAUCGCUCGAUGUAAAUCCCGACAGGACGCUGUUCAUACAUGUACCGAAGGUAGAUGAACCGUACAGCUCGGAGCAAACGAUGGCGACAAUCUAUAAUGUGAUCGGGAAGUGUUUGGAACAGCUCCCCGCUGAGCGGAAGCUACCAUGAUUAGAUGAGCCUGCCGCUAAACGACCACGACCGAACCUCAAACGAAUGAUAUUCAUUGUUUUGUUUGCAAUGUUUUAAUUUAUCCAAUGAACCGUUCCCCGGACCACAGGGGGAACGAUGAAUGAUACAUGAACGCAAUGUGCUUUUAUGUUUUAAACGUUUGGUGCAAAACGUACUAACAGCCAUAACUUACUUGCUAACGCGCUGGUUAAUGAUGAAAUAAUAAAGUGACAAUCUGUACGAUUUGCCGAUCGCAAAAUGG